AUGGCGCCAAAGCCAACUCAGAAGGAGACAGAGAAUGACAAGGAGAAGGAGAAAGAUUCUGACGCUGAAGCCGAGGAGUCUGAAUCUGAUGUCCCAGACGGAGAGUGUGCUGAGUGUGGCCAGGUCUUCAACACACCUGACGAGGAAAAGCAUGAGGCCAUUGACGUGCGACAUUUCACAGAGACAAAGGACUCGACAUUUUGCGAUAUCUACCAGGAUUGGGUGGGCUGGGAGGGGAAGUGGAUGGCAAUAGCAGACUAUAUCAACGAGAAGGUCACUGACCCUGCUCAGAAGAAGAAGCUUCGUACGCACGCUCAGAAGAAGAACUACUGUGAGAAGGCUCCCUGGUAA